UCUCAACGACCAGAAAAGUCCAGAAAAAAUAAGAAGAAAACUCCGGAGUCUUCUCGAGCCGUUCUUGCCUGGCUCCCCGGAUCUUCACACCACAGAUCAAAGCUUAGAGCACAAGAAGAUCAGAGCUAGAUCCGACCAAGCACUUCAGCAGAUCCACCAGCAGUCCCCGAUCCGUGCUCCCCAAACCCCUCCGACAACAAUGUCGCUGGUGAGGCGCAACAACGUGUUCGACCCCUUCGCCGACUUCUGGGACCCCUUCGACGUUCUAGAGAGAUUUUCGCAGAGCGGAUACGUCUUCCGCUCCGUGGUGCCCGCGGCAUCGACCGACCGCGACACCGCCGCCUUCGCCAGCGCGCGCAUCGACUGGAAGGAGACCCCCGAGGCGCACGUCUUCAAGGCCGACCUCCCCGGCAUCAAGAAGGAGGAGGUCAAGGUCGAGGUGGACGACGGCAACGUCCUGGUGAUCAGUGGCGAGCGCAGUAAGGAGAAGGAGGACAAGAACGACAAGUGGCACCGCGUCGAGCGCAGCAGCGGCAAGUUCCUCCGCCGGUUCCGCCUGCCGGAGAACGCCAAGACGGACCAGGUGAAGGCCGGGCUCGAGAACGGCGUGCUCACGGUCACCGUGCCAAAGGCCGAGGUCAAGAAGCCUGAGGUGAAGGCCAUCGAGAUCUCUGGCUGAGAGCUUGACCUUCCAGAGGUCGCGCAAGCUAUGUCGUACGUGCUCGGGUCACUGUUUGGUCGUCGUGUUCCUGAACCCUGUUCUCUGAUGAUGUCGUACGUGUUGGUCCUGUUGUGGUCAAUGUUGUGCUUGCCGGCUUGCCGCGUCCACCCAUGAGCGGCAUUGGUAUUUGCGUGUUCGUCAGUGGA